AUGGCUUCUGAAACUGUAAAUCGAGUUGACUCUGUUGACGAUAUUGAGUUUAUGGAAGAUGAGGAAGAAGCCAGGGUUGAACCUAAACCAAAUGCAAAGGAGAACAGAAGUGACAAUGAUGAAAAAGAGAGUAAAAAAGUUAAGGUUUGCACUUCUAUAGCUUGGAAAUAUUUUACUAAAAUUGGUGUGGUAGAUGGUAAAGAAAAGGUAGAAUGUAAUACAUGUGGGCAACAAUAUGUAAUUGGUGGGAGUAAAGUAGGCACUUCACAUUUAUUGCGUCAUGUUAAGCUCUUGUGUAAAAAGAAAGCUAAAUUUCAUGAUGUGGGUGGAAUGAUAAUUGAUCAUGCUGGAAAGUUAAGAUCUAGGGAAGUUGACCAAAAGCGUGUUCUUGAGCUUCUAACAAUGUGUAUUGUUCGACAUGUUCAAGAUGGAUUAAAAGUGGAUGAAGUUGCUUUACAAAAAAUUAGAGACAACAUUAAAUAUGUGAGAGCAUCAGAGUCAAGAAAAAUAGUAUUUACCGAAUGUAUUGCUCAAGUGAGAGGUAUUGAUACUAAAGUGGGCUUGAGGUUGGAUGUGCCUACUUGGUGGAAUUCUACUUAUAUCAUGCUUGAGAGUGCUCUUAGGUAUCGUCGUGCUUUUGCAAGUUUCACUAUUCGUGAUAGAAAAUACAAAUGUUGUCCAUCUAAUGAGGAAUGGAAAAGAGCUGAAAAAUUGUGUGAAUUUUUGAAGCCAUUUUAUAAGAUUACUAAUUUGAUUUCAGGUACAUCUUAUCCAACUUCCAAUGAAUACUUCAUGCAAGUAUGGAAAAUUGAAUGGUUGUUGCGAGAAACACUUAAGUGUGAUGAUCCAGUAUUGCAAAAUAUGGCAGUGUUGGUGAUGGAAAAGUUUGGCAAGUAUUGGAGUGACUAUAAUGUCAUUAUUUCAAUUGCUAUGAUUCUUGACCCACGGAUGAAGCUUGAAGCACUUCGGUUUUACUAUUCAAAGCUUGAUGCUUCUACUUGUGAUGAAAAGAUUAAUAACAUAAAAGAGAAUAUGUACAAGCUCUUUGAUGAAUAUGUGAGUGUAAAGUCAAGUUCAUCUACUACAUCAAGUUCUCAACAACCUACUGUUGAAGAAGAUUUCAAUGUAGAAGAAAAUCAAGAGAUGGAUGAUCCAUAUAAUAAAUAUAUCAAUUAUGUGAGCCAAAAUGUUAAUGUCAAUGGCAAGUUUGAAUUAGAUCUCUAUUUGGCUAAGACACCGCUUGAGUCAAAGUUUUUUCCUAAGUUGGAUAUUUUGAGUUAUUGGAAGGACCGCCAAGAACAUUAUCCAAAUCUUUGUAGAUUGGCAUGUGAGGUGUUAAGCAUUCCUAUAAUAACUGUUGCUAGUGAAUCGGCAUCUAGCAUUGGUGCUCGUGUGCUAAACAAAUUUGUUUCUCAACUAAGCAAACAAAACUCAAUACUCUCACUCACCCUUGAUGAGUUCUAUAGCAAGAAUGGAAAGAGCUUAGGAUCCAUGAACAUGGAUGAAUUCCUUUCUAGCAUUUGGAACUCUGAUGAUAACAACCAAGUUAACCCACCAUAA